AUGGUGCCUUCAACUGGCAAUGACGACCAAUUGAAAACGACUCCAUCCUCAUCUCCAUCUUUACCAACAUCAUCUUCACCAACACCACAAAUAACUUUAACUAAAUUUGGUUCAUUGACCAAUCGUAUUCUUUCUCCAAGCAAUAUUAAUUCUUCACCGAUUUCAACAAAUUCAUCACCUUCAUCAUUUAUUUCACCAAUUAAAUCAUCAUUUAAUUCUUCAUCAUCUUCUACUCGACGAACAUUUAACAUCUGUGAUAUUCUUGCCAAACCUACAUCAUCAUCAGUUGACAGUAAUAAUAAUACUCGUCUUAAUCAUUUAAUUAAGAAACCUAAAGCUCAUCGAUUUAAUGAUUAUACAAAAAUAAUUCUUGAACAAAAAACAAAUCAUUUGAAAGAUCAUCAUAAUUUAAAAUCAAAUAAAAAAUCUGUUUAUUCACAUUCAGACAAUGAUGAUGACGAUGAUGAAGAUGAUGAUGAACAUCAUGGCUCAAUCAGUGAUUGUGAUGUAUCUGAUGGUUGUCUAUCAGAAACGGGUGAUAAGACACAUGAUGAUGAUUUAAAUGCCUCAAUCAGUGAUGGUGAUAAAUCGAAAUCUUCAUCAACAAGUUCAUCAACAACUGAUAAACCAUCAAAACCACGUCGAGCACGAACAGCAUUUACUUAUGAACAAUUGGUUGCAUUAGAAAAUAAAUUUAAACAAACAAGAUAUUUAUCAGUUUGUGAACGACUUAAUCUUGCAUUAUCAUUAUCACUUACAGAAACACAAGUUAAAAUUUGGUUUCAAAAUCGUCGAACAAAAUGGAAAAAACAAAAUCCUGGUCUUGACGUUAAUUCUCCAACAAUACCAACAAAUGCAAACUCAUCAUCUGUAGGAAUUCAUUCAGCUGCUGCAGCAGCUUAUGUUGCCUGUGCUGCUUCAUUCUAUAAUUCUCAACAACAACAGCAACAACAAAUGGGAGGAUCUUCAUCAUCAAAUUCUUCAGCACAAAAUGCUUAUCCACUCAUAUCACCACUUUAUGCUGCAUCACUGUAUGCUAAUGCUCGAAAAUUUACUUGA